AUGUCAUAUGAUGAGUCUGCUUAUUCCCUUGGAGAGGAUGAUCUUAUCACCACCGAAGAUAGCUGGACGGUGAUUACAUCAUUUUUCGAAACCAAAGGCUUGGUGUCUCAGCAAUUGGAAUCGUUCGAAGAGUUCAUCGAAACGUCGAUUCAAGAGCUAGUUUUGGAAGACAGAAAGUUGAUUUUGGAUCAACCUGCUCAACAUAUCAGUGAAGAUGACGACAUCAGUAGAAGAUAUGAGAUUACAUUUGGCGAUAUUUUCCUUUCGAAGCCUUCUCAGACCGAAGCAGACGGUACCACUUCGACCUUGCUACCUCAAGAAGCACGUUUGAGAAACUUGACAUACUCUGCGCCUCUCUAUGUCGAGAUGAAGAAGAUGGUGAAGGAAAGUAUAGACGAUGAAAACAGCCAAUCUUCUCAAGUAAACUGGUACAAAGAGGGUGAUAUUUUCAAGUACAGAGCAAGACAGUUGGAUGAGUUAGAGCCUAUUCCUAACGCUUUUAACGACGACGAUGAUAUUAUUGUGGAUGAGAAGCACAACACUAAAAUUCACAGAAGUGGGGCGGAAACACAGACCAUUUUCAUUGGUAAAGUUCCAAUCAUGUUGAAGUCCAAGUUCUGUACGUUAUAUGGCUUGUCCGAGGAAGAAUUGUACCAAAUCAGAGAAUGCCCAUUUGAUAUGGGUGGUUACUUCAUCAUCAAUGGUUCCGAGAAGGUUUUGAUUGCUCAAGAAAGAUCUGCUGCAAAUAUUGUUCAAGUUUUCAAGAAGUCUGGUGUUUCCCCAAUUUCACACGUUGCCGAAAUCAGAUCUGCUCUUGAAAAAGGUUCCCGAUUGAUUUCCUCUAUUCAAGUUAAGCUUUCAAGUGGUGGUGCCUCCAGUUUCAAGAGUGGUGGUGUCGGUCGUUCGAUAAAGACAACAUUACCUUAUAUUAAAACCGAUGUUCCAAUUGUUAUUGUUUUCAGAGCUUUAGGUGUCAUCGAGGAUGGUGAUAUUUUACAACACAUUUGUUAUGAUGAUAACGAUUGGCAAAUGCUCGAAAUGUUGAAGCCUUGUAUUGAAGAAGGUUUUUUGAUUCAAUCUCAAGAAGUUGCAUUGGACUACAUUGGUAGAAGAGGUAAUGCCGUUGGUAUCAAAAGAGAAAGACGUAUUCAAUUUGCGAAGGAUAUUUUACAAAGAGAGUUUUUACCUCACAUUUCGCAAGAUGGUGGGCAUGAAACAAAUAAAGCCUACUUCAUGGGUUACAUUAUAAACAGAUUACUCUUAUGUGCACUAGAAAGAAAAGAACAAGAUGACAGAGAUCAUUUUGGUAAAAAGAGAUUGGAUUUGGCAGGUCCUUUAUUAGCCAAUUUAUUUAGAAUUCUAUUCAGAAAACUCUCACGUGAUAUCUACAAAUACAUGCAAAGAUGUAUCGAACAUGGUGAAGAUUUCAAUAUUGUGUCUGCUGUAAAGUCUACGACCAUUACUUCAGGUUUGAAAUAUUCUCUAGCUACAGGUAAUUGGGGUGAACAGAAAAAGGCAAUGAGUUCCAAGGCAGGUGUUUCUCAAGUGUUGAACAGAUACACAUAUUCAUCCACAUUAUCACAUUUGAGAAGAACUAAUACACCAAUUGGUAGAGAUGGUAAGCUAGCAAAGCCCCGUCAAUUGCAUAAUACCCAUUGGGGUCUUGUCUGUCCUGCAGAAACUCCAGAAGGUCAGGCAUGUGGUUUGGUCAAGAAUUUAUCUUUAAUGUCUUGUAUUUCUGUUGGUAGCGCAUCUGAGCCAAUCACCUACUUGUUAGAAGAAUGGGGUUUAGAACCAAUUUCAGAUUACGACCCGCAAGAGCAUAAAUUAUCAACAAGAGUUUUCCUUAACGGUGACUGGGUUGGUACACACAGAGACCCAGGUAUGUUGGUUGAUACCAUGAGACAAUUACGAAGAAGUGGAACUAUUUCAGCCGAAGUUUCGUUGAUCAGAAAUAUUAGGGAGAGAGAAUUUAAAAUUUUCACAGAUGCCGGUAGAGUUUACAGGCCAUUAUUCAUUGUUGAUGAUGAUCCUGAUAGUGAACGUAAGGGUGGCUUGAAAUUAACCAAGGAGCACUGUAGAAGAAUUCUGGAUCGUGAAAUUGAAGAAAUUCCACAGGAUGAUGGAUUUGAUGAGAAUGGUGACCCAUUAGACCCGAUUCAGAGAAUAUAUGGAUGGGAUUCUUUAUUAGCAGAAGGUGUUGUGGAAUAUUUAGAUGCAGAAGAAGAGGAAACAGUCUUGAUUGCCAUGUCUUCAGAAGACUUGUCGCCAGUGGAUGAAGAAGAUGAAAUGAAGGAUCUUGAAGCUGAUCCAGCCAAAAGAAUUAAGAAUCAUAUCAACGCUCAUUCUUUUACUCAUUGUGAGAUUCACCCAUCCAUGAUUCUAGGUGUUGCAGCUUCGAUUAUUCCAUUCCCAGAUCAUAAUCAAUCCCCAAGAAAUACAUAUCAAUCCGCUAUGGGUAAGCAGGCUAUGGGUGUGUUUUUGACUAACUACAAUGUUAGAAUGGAUACUAUGGCGAACAUCUUGUACUAUCCUCAAAAGCCAUUGGCUAAGACACAAUCUAUGGAAUUUUUGAAGUUCAGAGAAUUACCUGCUGGUCAAAACGCUAUUGUGGCAAUUGCAUGUUAUUCAGGUUAUAACCAAGAAGAUUCUAUGAUUAUGAAUCAAUCUUCUAUUGAUAGAGGUUUGUUCCGUUCUUUGUUCUUCAGAUCUUACAUGGAUCAAGAAAGAAGAAAUGGUAUUUCUAUUGUUGAAGAGUUUGAAAAGCCUAUGCGUUCUAAUACAUUAGGUUUCAAGGCCGGUACAUAUGAAAAGUUGGACGAUGAUGGAUUAAUUUCUCCUGGUGUUAGAGUCUCCGGUGAUGAUAUCAUCAUUGGUAAGACUGUCCCAAUUCCAACUGAUACUGAAGAAUUGGGUCAAAGAACCAAAUAUCAUACUAAGCGUGACGCAUCUACCCCUCUAAGAACAACCGAAAGUGGUAUUGUUGACCAAGUGUUACUAACCACAAACGCCGAAGGUUUGAAAUUCGUCAAAGUUCGUAUGAGAACUACGAAGACUCCACAGAUUGGAGAUAAGUUUGCAUCGCGUCACGGUCAGAAGGGUACCAUUGGUAUCACUUACAGAAACGAAGAUAUGCCAUUCACUGCCGAAGGUGUUGUUCCAGAUUUGAUUAUUAACCCUCACGCAAUUCCAUCGCGUAUGACUGUUGCGCAUUUGAUCGAAUGUUUGUUGUCCAAGGUGGCAUCAUUGAGAGGUUAUGAAGGUGAUGCUACGCCAUUUACCGAUUUGACUGUUGAUGCUGUGUCGAAGCUUUUGCGUGAAAACGGAUAUCAAUCACGUGGAUUUGAAGUGAUGUAUAAUGGACACACUGGUAAGAAGCUGAUGGCACAAGUUUUCUUUGGACCAACGUACUACCAAAGAUUAAGACACAUGGUGGAUGACAAGAUCCAUGCACGUGCCCGUGGACCGUACCAGAACUUGACCAGACAACCUAUGGAAGGUCGUGCCAGAGACGGUGGUUUGAGAUUCGGAGAGAUGGAGAGAGAUUGUAUGAUUGCGCACGGUGCUGCUGGGUUUUUGAAGGAGAGAUUGAUGGACAGUUCGGAUGCGUUCAGAGUUCAUGUUUGUGGCAUCUGUGGAUUGAUGAGUGUGGUGGCGAAUUUGAAGAAGGCGCAGUUCGAAUGUAAGAGUUGCAAGAACAAAACCAACAUCUACCAGAUCCAUAUACCAUAUGCUGCGAAGUUGCUUUUCCAGGAAUUGAUGGCAAUGAACAUCACGCCAAGACUCUACACGCAAAAGAGUAGUUAUACUGUUCGUUGA